AUGGACUUUGAAACGAGGGUCCAGCAAUACCAUUACAAGGACAUAUUGUUUGUGUUCCUGGACGCUUUCGUUGAGGAUUUCGACUGCAAGGAUGUCCAGGAUGUCCUGCACAGAAUAUUUUCCAAGGAGGAGAUCGACCACAUCAUCAAGUCCAAGGAUGCAAGGACAGCCACUCUUCGCCUGUUUUGGACUCUGCUCACUAAACAAGAGCGGACAGUCAAGGACUUUGUCGAAGACGUUCUCAAUGCGAGUGAUCCGGCCAACUACGAAUUCCUAAUGGCUGCCAUCAAGGAGGAGCUUCAGCAUCCCAGCAGAGAAACCAGAACCUACAUCGAGCAGCGAGAUCGCCUUUACAACGAUAACCAAGUGUUUGCCAAAUACAAUGUCAAUCGGCUGCAACCGUACCUGAAACUGACGCAGGCUCUGCUAGAACUUCGUCCAGCGAAAAAUGUCUUGGUUGAUGGCGUCUUGGGUUCGGGAAAACAUUGGCUAGCCCUCGAUGUGUGUUCAUCCUACAAAGUGCAACGCAAGAUGGACUUUAAAAUCUUCUGGCUGAACUUAAAGAACUGCAACAGUCCAGAGACCGUGCUAGAGAUGCUGCAGAAACUCCUGCACCAGAUCGAUCCCAAUUGGACGAGUCGCAGCGAUCAGGGCAGCAACAUCAAGCUACGGAUUCACAGCAUUCAGGCGGAGCUGCGACGCCUACUGAAGAGCAAACCCUAUGAGAAUUGCCUGCUUGUCCUGCUGAAUGUCCAAAAUGCCAAGGCCUGGAAUGCCUUCAAUCUGAGCUGCAAGAUUCUGCUGACCACUCGGUUCAAGCAGGUCACUGACUUUCUCUCGGCAGCUACCACAACGCAUAUAUCGUUGGAUCAUCACGCGAUGACGCUUACGUCGGAUGAGGUUAAGUCUUUGUUUCUCAAAUACCUCCACUGCAGGCCGCAAGAUUUGCCCCGUGAAGUGCUGACCACAAAUCCACGCAGACUAAGCAUCAUUGCCGAGAGCAUUCGCGAUGGCCUGGCCACUUGGGACAACUGGAAACAAGUAAACUGCGAUAAGCUGACGACCAUCAUUGAGAGCUCUUUAAAAGUGGUAGAGCCCACUGAAUACAGAAAAAUGUUCGACAGACUGCUGUCCGUAUUCCCACCCUCCGCCCACAUACCCAUUAAUCUCCUAUCGCUGAUUUGGUUCGAUGACAAAUCCGAUGGCGACGAUGCAAUGGUUGUGGUUAACAAGCUGCACAAGUAUUCGCUGGUGGAGAAGCAACCCAAAGAGUCAACCAUUAGUAUACCCGCUAUAUACUUGGAGUUGAAAGUAAAGGUUGAUGAUGUUCCUGCUCUGCAUCGGAGGAUCGUUGACCGCUAUAACAUCACAAAGGCUUUCGAUCACGAUGACUUGAUAUUGCCCUCGCUGGACAAAUAUUUCUAUAGCCACAUCGGGCAUCACCUGAAGACCAUUGAGCCCUCGGAGCGAGUGAUUCUGUUUCGCAAGGUUUUCCUAGACUUCCGCUUUCUAGAACAAAAGAUUCGGCACGAUACAACGGCUUGGAAUGCCAGCGGAUCGAUUUUAAACACUUUGCAGCAGCUGAAGUUCUACAAACCAUAUAUUUGCGACAAUGACUCCAAGUAUGAGCGCUUAGUGAAUGCCAUUCUGGAUUUCCUGCCAAAGAUCGAGGAGAAUCUUAUCCGUUCGAAGUUUACGGACCUCCUCAGGAUUGCCUUGAUGGCCGAGGAUGAAGCGAUUUUCGAGGAGGCCCAUAGACAAGUGCAGCGUUUUGGCGAUCGAGUUUGGUUUACCGAACAUGGUCGCUUCCACCAGCACCGGCAGAUCAUCAACCUGGGUAACAAUGAGGUGCGCCACGCCGUUUACCUUCACAACGACUUUUGCCUGAUGGCGCUGGGUAGCAAGCAGCUCCUGCUCACCGAUGUUUCGCUGGAGGGCGAGGACACCUACCUUCUGAGGGACGAGAAUGACAGCAGUGACAUCCUGCGCAUGUCGGUGUUCAACCAACAGAAGCACCUGAUCACCCUGCACAGCAAUGGGAGUUUGAAGCUCUGGCUGCUGUGGCCCGAUUGUCCAGGAAGGCGACACAGUGGUGGCAGCAAGCAGCGGGUGCUCAAUGGCGUGAUUAAACGCUUUAUAGGCAGCUAUGCGGAUCAGAAAAUCAUGGCUUUCUAUUUGAAUGAAGACGCUGGCUUGCCGGAAACCAAAAUUCAACUGCAUGUGGCCCUCAGCAAUGGUGAUAUAAGCAUAUUGAACUGGAACGAACAAGAGCAGAUGUUCAAUCCCUCGCACACGCCUACCUUAAAGACUCUGCAGUCGGAAAUCCGUUGCUUCGUUCACGUUUUGAAGCGAUACUACGUGGUCUGCAACUCCAGUUGCGCGCUGUCUGUGUGGGAUUUGCACAAUGGAUCAGGCGAAAGACCUGAUCUUCCAGGUUUCGAUGUCCAAGACGACACGCCUUUGGCUUUAGAGGCUUUCGACGAAAGGAAUCAGAACGCCACCGUUUUGCUGAUUUUCAAAUACACCGUUUGGCGGUUGAAUUUCAUCCCAGGUCCCUCGGUUAGUCUGCAAUCGGAGGCAGUGCAGCUGCCAGAGGGCAGUUUCAUCACCUGCGGCAAGCGUUCCGCGGACGGACAUUACCUCCUGCUUGGAACCUCCGAGGGACUGAUUGUUUAUGAUCUCCGCAUCUCGGAUCCCGUGCUGCGCAGCAAUGUCAGCGAACAUAUCGAGUGUGUGGAUAUCUACGAGCUCUUCGAUCCUGUCUACAAGUACAUUGUUUUAUGUGGCGCCAAGGGCAAGCAGUUGGUUCAUGUUCAUACGCUGCGAUCUGUCAUUAAUUCGGAUUCACAUCAAAAUCGUGGAAUCGCCUGGGUUCACAGUGCAGAUGAGAAGAGCGUGAUGACCCGGGCUUGCCUGGAGCCCAAUGUCUAUCUGCGUUCGCUGAUGGACAUGACCAGCGGGCGAACACAACUGGUGGCCGUGGACUCGAAGGAGCGCAUCCAUCAAAUUGAAACUGCCACCGAUCCAAGUGCUCGCCGGAGAUCUAGCAUUUCCGCCUGGUCCACGAUCACACCCACUCAUGCUGCCAGUAACCCAAGGAUAACUGCUAUAUCCGCGCUUAAUGACGAUCAGAUCUUUGUUGGCUACGUGGACGGAGUGACCAUAGAUGUUAAUCUGGAUGCGGUGAUACCGCAGCAGUUUAUCACAGAGCCCAUUGAUUACCUCAAGCAGAUCAGUCCGCAGUUACUGGUGGCCUCGUCUUAUAGUGCGCAGAAGACUGUGAUAUUUCAGCUGGGGAGUACAGAUGACCAGUGGCCAUUGCAGCUGGAUGUGGGCACAAAGUAUGCUUCGCUAGUCAGGGGACAGUUUAUCAUUUUGUUUUCCGAGCACGGAGUUUGUCAUUUGGAUUUAGCCAACCCGUCUGUGUUCGUUAAACCGGAUGAGUCUGAGGAAUCCCUUGUUGGCUUUGAUUUGAAGAACGGUCUGCUCUUCCUGGCCUACGGAAACAACACCAUUGAGGUAUUCCGUUUAAUAUUCAGCGGCAGCCAACUGAGGCACGAACUGAUCUGCGAGGAGAAGAUCAUCCAGAAGGCCAGGAUCAGCUACUUGGCAGCCACCGAAGACGCCAGCAUGUUCGCUCUGGGCUUUGAGAAUGGCAUUAUAGAGCUCUUUGCCCUGGACAACAGACAGGUGCAACUGAUCUACAGCAUUAGAGAGGUACACGAUCAGUGCAUCCGCCAGCUGCGCUUCUCGCCCAGCAAGCUGCUCCUGAUUAGCUGCGCGGAGCAGCUGUGCUUCUGGAACGUGACGCACAUGCGCAAUAACCAGAUGGAGCGGGACCACAACCAGCGGCGCAGUCGUCGCCACAAGCUGCACAGUGUGACGCAGGAGGAUGCUGUGGAUGCGGCGCCCAUUGCGGGGCCGGACAUCGAUAUUGAUCUCACAUUCGUGGCCCGCGAAUUCAUUUCAGAGAGCCGAGAGGAUUUAGAUCUCUGGCGGAAUAAGCGUGGCAAUGCCAUCCGCCCGGAGCUCCUGGCCUGCAUCAAAUUUGUGGGCAAUGGAGCCAGUCAGUUUUUCACCGAUGCCAAGUUCUCGCACUUUUAUGCCAUAGACGAUGAGGGCGUCUACUACCAUCUUCAGUUGCUGGAGUUGAGUAGACUGCAUCCGCCACCGGAGCCAGAUCCCUUGGAAAUCAGCGAUCUGGAGGAGAUCGAGGAACUGCAGUAUGAAGACUUGAAGGAUCUCAGGAUACUCGAAAGCCCGCUUGCUGUCCAGGAUGAGGAUAAUGAAGGUGCCGAUGUGGUGGGCAACCUGGUGCCGGAGAGGAAUAGCCAAGUGCAGGAGGAGACCAGCUCAUGACGCCAGUGGUGCGCCUCUUGGCGGCGCACGAACCAGGACAGUCCAAACUACAGUAUGGCAUUUAUAGGAUUACUGCUCUACUACCUGGUGGUACUGCUAUUCUACCUCCUGGGACCCGAGCUGUCCUAGGAUCC